AUGGAAAUCUCCUUUGAUUUUGAUCUUAAACUAUUUCAAUAAAUAGGUCAUGGUGCUUUUAGUUAAGUAUUUCUUGGAGAAUACGAUUCUAAAAAGGUAGCAAUCAAAGUAAUAAAUUUAUGAAUUUAAAUAGGUAAUGGAUCCUAUAUACAUUGAAUAAUUUAAAAAGGAAGUUGAAAUUUUGGAGUCUAUUCAUUAUCAAAGUUUUGCUUAAUACUAUUAUGUAUUAAAAUAUUCUAUUCAAAGAGCAAAGAGACUGAAAAUUCUUUGUACAUCGUCUAAGAAUAUUUGGAGGGCAAAACACUGACUUAAUUCAUCAAAACUGUUGAAAUGGAAGAAAAUCAUAUCAAAUAAAUCAUCAUAGAAUUACUUAAUGCUGUAUCCUAUUUACAUUCUUAAGAUAUUAUCCAUCGAGACAUCAAACCAGGUAUUGUAUCUAUUCUAAUAGAUAAUAUAAUUAUUACAACUGAAGGAUAACUUAAACUUAUAGAUUUUGGACUUAGUUCCCAUUCAGAAUCAAAACUAUCUUAUGAUAAAUGUGGAACCCUUUUGUUUAUGGCUCCUGAAAUGAUUUUUAAACAACCAUAUCUUAAAUCUGUAGAUAUCUGGAGCUGUGGCAUUAUAGCAUAUCAAUUAAUCAAUAAGAAACAUCCCUUUUGGGACCCAUCAGAAUCCACUUCAACUUUUGUUCAGAGAGUUUAAUAAUUCAACCCUAAUUUCUAUGAAAUGAAUGAUUAUCAAAAAUCUUUCUUUUUAAAAUGUGCUGCUUAUUCGCCUGAAGCAAGAAUGAAUGCAAAUCAAGCUUUAUAACAUCCUUGGAUUUCAGGCAAAGGAGAAUUAUGGCAACCUAUCACAAUGGCAGAUAUGAAAACACUUUUUGAUAAUAAGAUGAAAGCAAUUUAAACAAUUAAGGCUUUAAUGAUGAUAAAAUUUUUAUGCCAAAAAUUUGGAACUAUCAUACCUAGUGAAUUUAGUAAUUAUGAAUUCAAUGAUUCCACAGCUGAUACAAAUACUAAUUUUAAAUUAAAACUUGUUAGAAGUAGUUCUCGAAAUCCUUCAUUCAUUAAAUAGGUUCGUAGCACAAGUACUAUAUUCUUUGAAAGCAAUAAUUUACCAUCCCCUAUUAGAUUUACACAUAAUAAUAAAAGAGUUUCAAUCUCUCCAAAUAAAACAAUGUUACAUUCUGAAUCAAUUUAAUUUAGCUAAAUUGCCAAAAGAAAUACAUAAGUCAUAAAAUUACCGUAAUUUAUAUUUUAUAUUAUAAUAUAGUCCAUUAUCCAAUUCUCCUGUUUUAAAAAAACAAAGAAAAAGCAAUUUAAAUUUUAGAUUGAAAUAGUAUUGA